AUGAAACGACCGCAAUCAGCAAUUACCAGAGUUGAUGAUGCCAAUUCAACAGCUAGUAAACCAAUUUGGCCUUUAAGUGGUGUCAGUGAUACAACACUUAGAUUCUAGAAUUCAGUUGAUUAAUUAUUAAGCAAGGCAAAUUAUUCCUUAUAAUUAAUGAAUAUUCAUGAUAGUCUAUAGUUAUUUGAAUAAGCAUUCAAAAAAGGGGAACAUCAAUUAUCAUCAAUUAGAUUAGUUAAAUUGGUUGAAGAUGUUGUUUUACAAUUAGUUAAAGUAAUUGUGAAAUCAGAGGAUAAUCUGAUAUCAUAAUAAAUUUUAAACAGAUUAUUGAUUUGGUGUCAAGUAAAAAAUAUUUAAAUUUAGAUUCAACAAUCAAAUGAAGAUAUCAUACAUAUAAGAUGUCCUCCUUGUAUAUAAGUAAGAGUGUUGAAUGCAUAUGGAGAUUUCUUAAGAAAAUAAAAUAAAUAUGAUGAAAGUACACAUUAUUUACAACUAUCUUUAUAAAUGUUGUCUCAAUAUAAAUUUGAUUCCUCAAUAGAUGAAUUGGUGGGUUAAACAUAUAUGUUAUUGUCUUCUAAUUCAUUAUAUAUCAAUCAUUAUGCCUAAGCAAUUUAAGAGGCUUAAGCAGCACUUUAACACUUAUAAUAGGCUGCUAUUUCAACAAAUAAAAUAACAGAAGAAUUACAUGAAUCAAUUUGUGAUACAUAUAUAAAUUUAGGAAUUGCAAAGGAAUAAGAGAAAUAAUUUUAAGAAGCUCAUUAUAAUUAUUAUAGUAGUUUAGUAUAUUCAUAAUAAAAUCUAAAUGAAAGCAAAUAAAUGAAGAUAUAAUAGAUUUAUGAUUAAUUUUUAUCUAGAUAAGCUGCAUAUUUAUAGAAACUUUAAUUUUAAUAAUAGAAGUCAUUAAAAUAAAUAAAUUCAGUUACAGGAUUCAAUCAAAAGAAACCAUAAUAAACAGCAUUUCUUCAAUAACCAUUUGUAGAUUUGGUUAAAAAUGCUGCAGAUUAAAGUAAUGGAAAAUUAAAUAGUAAUUUUUUUAAAAAGAAACAAAAAAUAAUAAAAUCAGUUGAGAGAUAAAAAUAAAAUGAAGAAAAAGCUAUCUUAAAAUUUAAACCUUAUUUAAAUAAAAUGCCUGGAUAAUCUAAUUAAAUUCUAAAAUUCAAACCAAAUUAAAUUUUAUUAAACAGUUAAAUACCAAGACCUUAAUCUCCUUUGAAAUAACCUUUUAUAAAUAAUGGUAUUAAAAUAAUGAAGGUGAGCAAUAAACCAGAAUAUAAAGUAUAAAAUAAAUCUUUACCUUCAUAUAAAUCUGAUAUGUUUUUAGCCAAAAAAUUAUAAGGUUAAUAAUAAUAAUAGAUUUCAUCAUCAACUUCAUAAUUGAAUUCUGCUAAACUUUAUAAUAAAUAAAAUUAUGGUUAAUCUUAAUAAACAUUUCAAUCAGAAGUACUUUAUAAGAAUAAAACAAAUUAAUUUAUGACUCAAUAGAAUACUAAUAUUCAUUAGAUUCCAUCAAAAUUUAUUUAAUAUCUUGAAUAAAAUAUAAAUGAAUCUAAUUUAUUAAAAAAUGGAAAUGUUUAAUUAUUAUAAUCAUACCAAAAUAUUCAUUUACCUAGUAUUGAAGUAAAAAUUUUAAUAAUUUAUAGAGUUAAUCAGGAAUCUAAGAGAUUUAUUAAGGUACUAUGAGUAUUUACUUAUUUUCUUAAUAAAAUAUUUUAUAUUUCCAAUAUUUAGCUAGUGAGAUUACAGAUUAAUUUGCUGUAAAUUUGGGACCUAAGAAGAUUAAAUUAAUUGGCAAUAGUCUUAAUGUUAGUGAUGUAAAUAAUUAAUUUAAUACUAUUAAUUAAAAUCCUUUAGGAAUGAAAAAUGUAUUAUUAAGUUUUAGUGUUGAAUAUUUUAGAUAUGCAAAAAUAAACUUAGAUAAGCAAUGCUUUUAACUUCCUUAUAAUUAGGCAAACUAAUUUUAUAUUUAUAUUCCUGAAUAGAAUUAGAAUUUAUUGAUUCAAGUUAAAAAUGAAUAUGAAUCAUUAGUGUUUCUAGUUGAUGCAUUUGAAGAAAAUGGUUAAACUUCAAAAGAUUAAGAAAUAUAACCUAUAUUUAAUCAUAAAUCAAAUUCUGUAGUUUCUGAUGAAAUUCAUCCUUUAUUAGCAGAAUAAAUUAAAUAAAUAGAUGAAGAUGUAUAACCAGUAUUUGAAGAAUAAGAAGAGAAACUUGCAACAUCAUAAGAGUAUUCAUAAGAUUUUGAACCUACACCUAUAAUGGAAGAAGCUCCUUAGGAUAAAUUUAUUCAAAAAUCAUCUUCUUUACCUUAAAAUAAUAAUAAUAAAAAUUAAUAUGAUGGAAUGGAGAAAUUCACUAUAAAAAUAGAAUCUGAGGAUUAGAGAUAAUAAGUAAUAGAAGUUUAUGCAACAGAUAAAAAGUAAUAGUAAGAUGAAGAAAUAAAAGAGGAAGAAGAUCAUGAAUUGAAUGCAGCUGCAUUAUUAAUUUAAAAGAAAUUUAGAGAAAAAAGAAUGAAUUUGAAACAUUGA